AUGUCUUUCGUAGCUGAUGCUGGAAGCUACUUAGCCGUGCGGUUCAUGAUCGGUUUUUGCUUAGCGACGUUCGUGUCAUGCCAAUACUGGACAAGCGUUAUGUUCAAUGGUAAGAUUAUCGGACUCGUUAACGGAUGUGCCGGAGGGUGGGGAGACAUGGGAGGCGGUGUUACUCAGCUACUCAUGCCAAUGGUCUUCCACGUCAUCAAACUGACCGGAGCAACUCCUUUCACGGCGUGGAGGUUCGCCUUUUUCAUCCCUGGGAUCCUUCAGAUCAUUAUGGGCAUUCUUGUCCUCACUCUCGGCCAAGAUCUCCCCGACGGUAACCUCAGUACACUCCAAAAGAGUGGUCAAGUUUCCAAAGACAAAUUCUCCAAGGUCUUUUGGUUCGCUGUGAGAAACUAUAGAACAUGGAUCUUAUUCGUUCUUUACGGAUUCUCUAUGGGAGUUGAAUUAACGAUCAACAACGUUAUAUCCGGAUACUUCUACGACAGGUUUAACCUUACACUUCACACAGCCGGUAUUGUAGCAGCCAGUUUUGGUAUGGCAAACUUCUUCGCCCGUCCUUUCGGUGGCUACGCCUCAGAUGUAGCUGCCCGGCUCUUCGGAAUGAGAGGAAGAUUAUGGACCUUGUGGAUCUUGCAAACCGUUGGAGCUCUCUUCUGCAUCUGGCUCGGCCGUGCUAGUACACUCCCUAUAGCUAUCUUAGCCAUGAUGCUUUUCUCCGUAGGCACACAAGCAGCUUGUGGAGCACUCUUCGGAGUUGCUCCUUUUGUUUCCCGGCGUUCCCUCGGCCUUAUCUCGGGUUUAACCGGUGCUGGAGGAAAUUUUGGGUCGGGAGUUACUCAACUUCUUUUCUUCUCCUCUUCAAGGUUUAGUACAGCUGAAGGACUAUCGUUGAUGGGAGUUAUGGCAGUCGUGUGUACACUUCCGGUUGCGUUUAUUCAUUUUCCGCAGUGGGGAAGCAUGUUCUUAAGGCCGUCGCAACACGAAGAGAGAUCAAAGGAGGAGCAUUACUAUGGAUCGGAGUGGACAGAGGAAGAGAAGAGCUUAGGACUACACGAGGGAAGCAUUAAGUUCGCCGAGAACAGCCGGUCAGAGAGAGGCCGAAAGGCGGGUUUGGCUGAUAGUCCAACACCGCAGACUGGAAGUCCGGCUCAUGUCUAG